AUGGCUGCUCAUUUCUCCUCAAUCUUCGACAUCGUAUCGACAAACAAUGAACAUGUUGCUGCUGAUACGGCAGCGAACAAUGAACCAAUCGCCGCCCCUCAGAAAUCGGUCACCAGAACAUAUCACUCAGCCCAACAACCUCAUGCAAUUGAACUCGAUAAUUUACAAUGGGGAUCAAAUGUCAAUCGACCAUCUGCAUCUGGAACUACCACACCUGGAGCAGAACCUGGAUCGGGAUGGACAACUCCAGGCUGGCAGACUUCAACGUCCCAAAAUAGAUACAGAAUGACUGCGACCUGCUUGUUGAACUUUGGCAAUGGUUUGAGUGAUGCUGCAGCUGGACCAUUGAUUCCCAAGAUGAUCAUAGCAUAUGGCAUUCAAGAAAGACUCGUAUCUCUCAUAUUUAUCACGCAGGCAAUAGGCUAUAUUUCGGCAGCCUUUUUCAUAGAUGCUAUCAGAUCUCGAUUUGGAAGAGCCAAAUCUAUAAUGUUUGCUGAAGGCCUCAUGGUUAUUGGCUAUGUGAUGAUCGUUCCCAAUCCUCCAUUCCCAGUCGUUGUCCUGGCAUUCCUGUUCAUCGGAUUUGGCAUGGCAAUUAACUUGUCGUUGUCAAACGUUUUCGCAGCUAACCUCGAUAAUGGUACUAAAAUGUUGGGCUUCAUGCAUGGUUCCUACGGACUUGGGGGUAUCAUUGCUCCAUUGGUAGCCACCACACUCGUUUCAUCUGGCGUUUCAUGGAGUCGUUACUACUUUAUUCCGCUUGGAAUGAUGCUCGCAAAUCUAGUAUUUGCCGGAUGGGCUUUCUGGGACUACGAGGAUCCAAAUGAAAUGGCGCUGCUCAACUUGACUCAAUCAGGAAGCAGACCAAAGUUCAGUGCAAAGAGGGACUUGAUGGAAAUGUUGAAAGCUGCUAAAUUACCAGCUGUCUUGAUCGGUGCUAUUUUCAUUUUCUCCUAUCAAGGUGCGGAAGUUUCUAUCUCCGGCUGGGUUGUCUACUUCCUGCAACAAGUCAGAGGUGCCAAUAACAAUGCUGGAUAUGUUACUUCUGGUUUCUGGGGUGGCAUCACACUCGGUCGUUUCUUGCUAUCUCCUAUCGGGCACAAGAUUGGUGAAAGGAAGUUUGUGGUUAUCGUUGUGGUGUUAUCAGCUGCUUUCGAAGGAAUCGUUUGGGGUGUCCCUAAUGUCAUUGGAGACGCUGUUGCGGUUUCUAUCGUCGGUCUCCUUCUUGGGCCCGUCUACCCAUGUGCCGCCUACGUUUUCACUCGCAUCAUCCCUCGCAAAUACCAAGUCAGUGGAAUGAGUGUCAUCAGUGCUCUUGGUAGUUCUGGUGGUGCCAUUGCUCCUUUCACUACCGGAGUUUUGGCUCAGUCUUUUGGCAAUUUCGUCUUGCAUCCUAUUGCUUUAGGCCUCUUUGUUGUUAUGAUGCUUUGCUGGUUCUUAUUACCAAAGGUGGAGAAGAAAGACGAUUAA